GGCUUGGCCCAGGCUCCAUCUUCAAAGCAGCUCCUUCCAGUGGCCAAAGGGAGCCUGUCAAAAAAGAGAAGUGGCCACAGGGGGGAUUCAGAGGGAACAAGGUGGCAGGAAAAGCUGGAGCCUAAUUGAUUUGACGUCCCCAACACCACUGCCAGUGACAAUAAUAAUUAUUUGCAAACUCUGGCUGAGGGAACCAGUGGCGAAGAGAGGAAGCAGCCGCGAAUCAUGGCCCCCAAGCAUGGCAGCCAGCAGCAGCCAUGUGGCUGACGAUGAGGGUAGAUUCUCACAGCACCCUCUCUACAUGUCCCUCCACUUUGCCAUCCAGGCCUCCUUACAAUCAGCAGUUAGGUGACCCUUCAUUUCCUUUGAAGAUCCCCAGCAAUCACCUGGAAUUCUUCCAUCUGCCUCCUUGCCAGCAACAGGGACUUGAAGAUGUCCAUCUUUGACCUUUGGAAACUGGAAGAUGGCUUUGGUCCUGCACAGUUGGACAGAUGAGAAUCAAAGCAAACAUGAUGGAGAAGCUGAAGAAUUCCCAGUCACCUGUUAAGCCUGAGCAGCCAAACCUUCCACCAGCAGUUACCCCAAACCCUCUUCCUUCCCCAGAUGGUGGGCAAAGUGAUGUAGAGGCCACUGAACCACUCACCAUCCCCACCUCUUUCUCACCUCAAACAAAGGGGAGCCCUCCUGCUGAGGCUCCCUAUGCAGUACUGCCCCUCAAUGUCCCUGUCAUCAGCCUGGGCUACAGCAAGUCCCCCACUCCUAUUGAGGUCCCCACAACCCAACUCACUGCCCUACACCCCAUUCCUAACUUCUUGCAGUUCUCAGGUCUGCCACCUGGACCCCCUCCACCACCCCUGCCUCUGGCUGGAGUAAGGAGUCCACUUUUAGCCCCACAAUACCAGCCUCAUCCUUUUCUCAACAACAUUUACCUAGGCAACUCGGGGACUUUUGGCCUCUUUCCCAAUAAUCGCCUCAAGCGGAGACCAAGCCAUUAUGAGCAAGACAUUAUUGAAGGUCUUCAACCCCAGAAAGUGGCACGCCGGGUCUUCACUAAUAGCCGGGAACGGUGGCGUCAACAGAAUGUGAAUGGUGCCUUUGCUGAGCUUCGGAAACUCAUUCCCACCCAUCCACCUGACAAGAAGUUGAGUAAGAAUGAGAUUCUUCGCUUGGCCAUGAAAUAUAUCAAUUUCCUGGUCAAGCUACUGAGUGACCAGGCCAGACUGGCUGGAGGGGAGACUGCUGAAACAGACAGCCCCUGCAAUGGCACUCCCAGGACUCCAUCACCAUCAGCAUCCAUAAAACUGGAACAGUUGACAGUCGAGUCAAUGACUGUGUUGGAAGCAGGAGAACCACGGUGAUGUCUAGCAGUAAAAGACCACCAUCAUCACCCAUCUCGUGCAUCUACAAUGCUGCACACAUGGAUCAAGCUACCUAGUAUCAGUGGAAACUCCUUGGCCUGCACAUCCCUUCCUUGAGUCCAUUACCCAUGGAGUGGGCUGCCAUAAUAGGGUUAUAUUGACUUUGGAAGACUUCAUUUGAAUUCAGGAGUCCAAAAACAGAUGGAGAAGGUGAUGGAGUCUCUUUGACUGAGACAUCCAUUGAUGCCCAAUGGAAACCUCAAAAUGUGGGGGCUCUGGGAGAGAUGAGAUAUGAGAUUUUAUGUACAAUUCCCUGGUUUCGGCUAUUUUAGGGCAGUGGGGAUUGCUUGAGCUAGCUCUAUAUGAUGUUUGGUUUGCAUAAGACACCCUCUAGGUCUUGUUGGCUGUAAGAGGAAGAUGUCAGGUAACACCUUGGCUGGGAAGAGUGAUCUGGAGUUUCACUUUCACUGUUUGCUAAUCGGUGCUUCUGACAUUUAGCCUUAACACUGCUCUUGUCGACAAAUCUAAGCUUUAUUGUUGUCGGGGCCCCACAUAAAUAUUUGAGCCUAUACAAAAGAGCAAACAGAUAUAAAAAGAAGUGGCAAGGUUAAGAAGCUGAGCUCCCAGGCUCAGCCUCCUUUCCACCUUCCCAUAUCAGUGACAUCUUUCCAGAUGGGAAAAGAGCUGCUGAAGGAUUUUGAGAAUUCUUGUCAAUGGCUUGGAAAGCAAGGGCUACAUAGCCUUAUACAGACUGUUCGGUGCAUUUGCUGUGGUCUGCCUAAUUCGGUAGCUCAGUCAGGGAUACAGGUGGUGGUUUGUGUGAGGAAAUGGAGGCACCCGGGAUCAUUCAGUCAGGGAGGGCAAGGCUAGAGCUGUUCUUUUUGAUAGGCUGAUUUUCCUGCAUGCACAAUAUUUUUCUUGGCAAUUUUCUCUUAUAAGCUCUCAACAUCAGUCCCAAAUAUCAGGAGCACCAUCUCUUCAGGAGAACUGGGCCUUAACAAUGCUCUCUGUGAUCCAGGCGUGCUACUGGGGCGUUACUCCAGAUGCAAGCAGUUAAGAGGGAGUGGAUAAUGGUGGCACAGCAGCUGCUGUGUCACUCCCUAGGGGCCAGUUGGGAGGGGGGGUUUGCUGGGAGCCCACAGUCUCAAAAACCUUCUCCCUUCCUGGAAAGAGAAGGGUGGUUUGUGCUGAGUCAGUAUCUUGGACUUCUCCGCAAACCCUGGGCUCCUUGCCAAAACCAAAUAUGACAGCAAUGAUUCUGGAGGGAGGGAGGCCUGGGCGGCCUGUUAUCAGGUGAAGAAGUUUGUUAAAAAGUCUUUGGGGUGAAGGAAGAAGAAAGACGACCAUAUCUACACACACACACACACACACACACACACACACACACACUAGAGGUGGGGUGGGGACAGACACCAGCACGUAUUCAGUUUCCAGGUUUGCUUUCAAAGGAAAUUGUUCUCUGCUAAUAUUUGCUUUUAUUGGGACGAGGAUUUGUAAGAUGGGAUUCUUACAUUCAUCAGUGCUGUCCAGACCAGAAGCUCCUUGGAACCAAAUUCUUCCAUGUUGUAUGAUAUUUUAAAACUGAAGUCAAUGCCAUAAAUAAAAAGAAAAGUAAUAUGUUUGGUGAUAA